AAAAUGUCUUCGUCAGCAAUUUUCAUCCUCGACGCCAAGGGAAAGGUGCUGAUAUCGCGCAAUUACCGAGGCCACAUCGAUAUGGGCGUGAUCGAUAAGUUUAUGCCACUGCUGAUGGAGAAGGAAGAAGAGGGACUCAUUACACCGAUCCUCCAGACGCCGGAAUGUACGUUCGCGUACGUGAAGACAAACAAUCUGUACCUGGUUUCGGUUACCCGGAGCAAUGCGAACAUUGCGCUAGUGUUUGUAUUUCUCCACAAGGUGGUGCAGGUGUUUACGGAGUACUUUAAAGAGCUGGAGGAGGAAAGCAUACGGGACAAUUUUGUGGUCAUUUACGAGCUGCUGGACGAGCUGAUCGAUUUCGGUUACCCGCAGACGACGGACAGUAAAAUUCUGCAGGAAUACAUUACGCAGGAAGGUCACAAGCUGGAAAUACAACCACGCAUACCGAUGGCGGUGACGAACGCGGUAUCGUGGCGUUCCGAGGGCAUCAAGUAUCGCAAGAACGAGGUGUUUUUGGAUGUGAUCGAAAGCGUAAAUUUGCUGGCGAACGCGAACGGGAAUGUGCUGCGAAGCGAAAUCGUCGGUGCAAUCAAAAUGCGUGUCUACCUGUCCGGUAUGCCGGAACUGCGGCUCGGGCUGAACGAUAAGGUGCUGUUCGAAAGCACCGGCCGGGGAAAGUCGAAAUCCGUCGAGCUGGAGGAUGUAAAGUUUCAUCAGUGUGUACGAUUGUCCCGGUUCGAGAAUGAUCGUACGAUUUCGUUCAUUCCACCGGACGGCGAGUUUGAGCUGAUGUCCUAUCGGUUGAACACGCACGUUAAGCCGUUGAUCUGGAUCGAGUCCGUUAUCGAGCGGCAUGCGCACAGUCGCGUGGAGUACAUGAUCAAGGCGAAGUCGCAGUUUAAGCGUCGAUCCACGGCGAACAAUGUGGAAAUUGUCAUUCCGGUGCCGGCCGAUGCCGAUUCGCCCAAGUUUAAAACUACAAUUGGUAGCGUAAAAUACGCUCCGGAGCAGAAUGCCAUUACAUGGACAAUUAAAUCAUUCCCAGGUGGAAAGGAAUACCUAAUGCGUGCCCACUUUGGUCUGCCCAGCGUGGAAUGCGAGGACAGUGAGGGAAAGCCACCGAUUCAGGUAAAGUUCGAAAUUCCCUACUUUACCACCUCCGGUAUUCAGGUGCGAUAUUUAAAAAUUAUCGAAAAGAGUGGAUACCAAGCACUGCCCUGGGUCCGGUACAUCACCCAGAACGGCGACUAUCAGCUGAGAACGAACUAAAAAGUAUGACGACGGUGCCUAUCGAAGUGUGAUUGUUAAGUUUCCCUCCU